CGUUCCUACUUCAAGCGUGCCGACCCGUUCUUCGACGAGCAGGAGAACCACAGUCUGAUUGGAGUGGCCAACGUGUUUCUGGCCUGUCUCUUCUACGACGUCAAGCUGCAGUACGCUGUACCCAUCAUCAACCAGAAGGGAGAGGUGGCAGGGCGUCUCCAUGUAGAAGUGUGGCGGGGAAGCGGGGGCUGGAGGAGACCACUGCAGAUGGAGAGACUUCAUAAAUGGAGUGUGUGGUGAGGAUCCUGCAGGCUACAGGUCUUCCCCGUCACCUGGGUAACUUUGUGUUCUGCCAGUACCACUUCUGGGGGCAGGAUGAGCCUGUGUUCAUCGCCCCGGAGAUGGAGCCCUCACCUCCAUCAGCCAUCAGCAAAGAGCCCCUCUGCACCGUGCUGUUUGACAGUAGCAAGGAGAUGGAGGUCUGUGUGUCCGAGGAGUUUGUGGAGUUUGUGGCGGAGGGGGCAGUGGCCAUCGAGGUAUUCGGACAUAAGCAGGUCAACCACCGCAGGAACCUGGCUCUCUGGGAUCUGGGAGUCAUUCAGGCCAAGACACGAACCCUCAGAGAGAGGUGGAGUGAGGUGACUCGUAGAUUAGAGCUGUGGGUUCAGGUGUUGGAGCUGAAUGAAGCAGGAGAGUUCACCCCUGUAGAGGUCCUACCACCCAAGGACGUCGGCACUGGGGGCCUCUUCCAGCUCAGACAGGGCCAGUCUCGUCGUGUUCAGGUGGUGGUCCGGUCCGUUAAGGACUCGGGCACCAUGCCUCUCAUUGCCACAAAAAUCCUCUCUGUUUCCAUCGGCAACGUGGAAGUUCGGCAGGCCCGCCCUUCGGAUGAGGACAUGGACAGCUAUCAGGAAGUUGAUCUGGAGAGGUUGAGGGACCAAUGGCUGACCACUCUCACUACGAGACAAGAGUACCUGGACCAGCACCUGCAGAAGAUGGUCCAAAAGCCCGAUAAGUCAGAGGAUGACGUGGAGAGGGAGGCCCAGCUGUUAGAGUGGCGUUUGACCCUGACAGAGGAACGUAACGCCGUCCUGUUACCUUCGGCUGGUAGCGGGAUCCCUGGAGCCCCCGCAGAGAGAGUCCCUGUUCCUGGGAUGGAGACUCACAUUCCUGUCCUCUUCCUGGACCUUAGUGCUGAUGAUUUCCAGGACAACCUGUCUGCUCCGCUGGCUGGAGGUCUGGACGCCGUGCUGAACCAUGAGGAUGAGGAUGAGUUCUUGACCUGCACAUCGUCAAACAUUCCGAUGAAGAGGUUGGUGCGGAGGCGGCGUGGGACUCUACGGUACAUGACUGUCCCCAGUUGAGUCGCGGCGCGUCGGCUGACCUCCGAGUGUACCUGACAGUCAGGGUCGUAGUUCAGCUCUCACACCCUGCUAACAUGCAGCUGGUCCUCAGAAAACGCAUCUGUGUCAACCUAGCUGGACGACAGGUAGGAGUCACACACACUGGACGACAGGUAGGAGUCACACACACACACCAGACGACAGGUUGGUGUCUCACACACUGGACGACAGGUAGGAGUCACACACACUGGACUACAGGUAGGAGUCACACACACUGGACGACAGGUAGG